GGGUGGCGGUGACCACAAAAAGGAGUUCAGGUUCUACCUGGCAAAUGCUGGGCUGGGCGGAGGGUCUGCUGCAGAGAGCUCUGGGGGCCACCCUGCCUGCCUGCCUGCCUGUCUGCCUGCCUCCUUGCUUGCUUGGGGCCUCCCUCCAUGUCUACUCCAGUUCAGGCUUCACUGGGGCCUACACGGAGGCCUCCCUGCAAGCCCCGCCCGGGAGAAAAGCAGCUCUUGGCAGGCAGCUGGUCUGGUGCCUCGAUUGCCGGCCAGGAGGACAAGCAGGAGAGAGGCGGGCAAGCAGGUGACUUCCAGCCACAGGAGAUUAACGAACAGCGCUCCGUGACCGAAACUAGCAAAUGGUCACUGAAGUCAUUCUCGGACGGCUCCAGGAUCCAGCAUGUCAAGAGUGGGAACGGGAUCCUGGAUGAAGCGGUUGCCAGCAGUUCCCAGAGGAGUGUCUUCACGGUUGAGGACGAUGGGUGGUUCCUGCAGACCAUUGCCACCGCAUGGUCUUGUGAGGGUGCCGACAUCGAAGAGGCCGAGAUCCCAGAGGUCAACACAAGGGAUCAGGAGCUGGACGUGGAGAGUUUCAUCAGUUCCCAGAGCGUCCAGAGGCCAAGCACCGUACAGAGGAGGCUGCACAACGCUGCUGCUGACGAAGAGCCAUCCCUUGGAGAGAGUUCUUCCUUCCCGGGGGCCGAGACUCCGCAAGCCAGCGUGGAGGACGAGGGGUCGGAAGGGGACAGUGACACCAGUUCCCCCAGAGUCCCAAAGCCAAAUAAGUGGCUAAUCAAGAGGCUGCUGAACACUGAAGUGGUGGAAGACUCGUCCUCGGCAGAGUGCUCCUCUACGGACGAGGACGACACCAUGUAUGAGGUGAGCAGCAUCGAGGACGAGGUGUGGGACUCUCCACCGGCCCCCGGUUCGGCCAGGAACAUCGGCGGUGGCGAAGAAGGAAGAGGACAGCUGGCCCCAGACUGGUUCUCCUCGGUCCAUCUGGGAGAGGGGAGAGCAACAAAGAAGAUCGGGGACGUCAUCCGGUGCGUGGAGUAUGCCAGUGAGGUGGAGGAGAGGUUCCCUGAACUCCUGGUGGGCCUGGUGAACAAGAUCCUCACCGGCCUGCAGAACACCACCGAGGGAGUGGGGAACCGGGAGAGCCAAGACCUGCCUCCUGAGGAGACCUCGCAGAUUGUCCGGACCCUGCUGGAGAGGGUGGCACAGGUGACCCCAGAGAAGACCUGCUGGGAAUCCCUGUGCUCUCCGCAGAGCUGCCUCCAGGGUGUGGCCCUCUUGGUGAGGGCUCUCCUACAGACACCAUCCUCCACAGUGGCCAGGCUGAAGGCAUACCUGGCUUCCCUCUUCAGCCUGGACAAAGAUCCAGAACAGCAUUCCCUCGCAGAGGUGGCCUUCUUUGUGGAGUGGAUGGAGGCCAAGCGGCAUCAGCCCCCCGAGAGGCCUGUGGUCUGUUUAGCAGGGGGUGGACUAGCAUGGGUUUGA